AAAGGCUUGAACUCAUCGGUUGGUUUGUAAUUAAUCUACGCAAUGUGUUUCAUUUAGUGAACUGUGUAAAUGAAAUAAAUUUACUGCCACAGGAAACCUUCUCUCACCCACCAUAAGUGUGGGUAUAAAACAUCUAACUAACCUAUUCGAAGAUUUAAUGAGCUUCAAGUAAAUAUAAAACAUUCUUAUGAAUAUUUUCAUGUUUAUGUUCCUGCUUCUGAGCAAAUUCAGAUGUAGGUUUAUCCACUGAAGUGCAGGACUAGAAAGAAAGGAAACAAGUCUUAUGAUCACCAACUACGGUGAAUGUUGUAUUUUUGCCUGACUGCAUUUCUAAGACACUGAUAACUUUUGAGUCUUUGACCUUUUUCCUCAGAUGAGGCUCAGUCAGGAAAAAAAACAACAACAGCGUUACGCAUUAGAUCUUUAUUGUGCAAUCGGAAACAUUUUUUAUUUUAUUUUAUUUUUUUACUGUGAAGCUGGAUGUUUUCAGCGUUUCUCGUGGCUGCCCAGAAUUCAGAGGUCACCCAGCGAGAAAGAAGAAGAGGAGGUUUGCUGUGGAAAGGACUUGAUUCGGAUUUUUCAGGUUACAGUGAAAAUGUGCUGAAAGUAAAAAAGAAAGAGAGAAAGCGACUGAGGUUAGCUACUCCCACCUACACGCAAGAAUAAAGCAACAAAACCUUGAAAUCCACCCACACAUCAACUGCACAUUCAGAAUUGGAUUCGAUUAUUUGCAUCACGCACACACACACAUUUCCUGAAGCGGCUCACACAUUUCUGACCCUGCUGUAAAACCACGUGUACCGCCGAUGCUCGUCAGUUCACGCGUGGUGACCUUUCGCUGCUAAACCAGCGAACUGAACCACCAUCAGUUCAUUCACUCCAUCCUCAGAGCAACAUUUCUUUGAUUUCUGUCCAUCUCACCGCUCAACCCACUCUGUUCUCUCGCUAUCUGCCUCUUCAUCGCUCUCCAGCUCCCUUGCAGCUGAUGGAGCUUAUCACGGACAAAUAGGCUUAGGAGCUUUGCUAUGGCAACGGCGAAUCAUAAAAAGCUGCAUAAGCACUUCAUCAGGGGCCGUGAUCCGAUGCCUCCCCUUGGAGAUGGUGCCCUCAACCUCCUGCAACAAGUAACGGCAGGCCAGAGAGGCUCCUGGGAAGAGGAAGAAGAGGAGGAGGAAGAGGAAGGCUCAGAGAGGUGGAGAUAACGCUGAGAGAGAAGAGAGACAGAGCAUCUCUCUUCUGUCUCUGGUUUUCAUUUAGACUGUCCAUGCAAGCCGCCUCUCUGAUGUCCGACGACUUUUGCACUUUUUUCCCUCUGUGAUUUUAUUCCCACUGGAGCCGGACAGCAAACCUGAGAACAAGAAUCAACGGAGACGGUGACGGAGGGCAGAGGGCCAUGGCCUCCUGGUUCAACUGGAAUGAGCCGUACCAGCGGAGCCCCCGCAGGGACCCGGCCGACGUCGUCUCCGACACCCUGAUGCUGGAGUUCAGCUGGCAGCUGAAGGAGGCGGAGCGGCUGCAGAGGGAGAGGGAGAACGAGUACCGGCGGUUGAAGACCGGGGUGGAUUACAGCUGGCUGGCCAGCACGCCUCGCUCCUCCUUCAGCAUCAGCACCGGGGAGAGGCUGGUCUUGGAGGACCUCUGCUCCAAGGUGCCGCCCUCCUGCUGCGGCCUGGUCAUCCUCAAGUAAGGGAGACAAAAAAAAAAAACAAAAAAAAAG